CACGUGUCGAGGAGCUAGUAUAUAAACAAGAGGAAGUUCUAAAAGGAGAAACCCUAAGCAUUCAAAUCAAAGUAAUAAAGAAGAGGAGGCUCUAAAGAUGACACAAAAGGCAAAUCGUUUCAAAGGGAAGAGAGUUAUGAAGCAUUCAAAGGAAAUAACUAAGAUGGAUGUUGAUGGCACUAUGGGAAUUCACUUGGAAGAAGAAACAAUUACGGAAAUACUCAGCAGGCUACCUGUGCGGUCUCUUUUUCGAUUCAAAUGUGUUUUAAAGUCUUGGAUGACAUUGAUCAACGAACCUUACUUUGUGAAGAAGCAUCUCAAUCAUGCCAAGAAUAACCAAAAUUCCCAAAAAAUUUGUCUUCUUAACAACAACCUUUCCUUCCAAUAUGGUCUUUCUUUGACGUUAGCUUCUUUAUCGCCAGUUCAAUUGGUUGAGGACGUACAACAAGUUGAUUGGCCUUGUAGUGGUGAGGUAAUGAGUUGUAAAAUAUAUUGUUGUUAUGAUGGAUUGGCUCUUAUUGGGGUUAGUGAAUAUAAUCAUCUUUAUAACAUCAAACUUUGGCUAUGGAACCCCUCCACAAGAGAAUCAAUGGUACUUCCUCAUAUAAAAUUUUCAGAGAGAUUAGAUUUUACUUGCGCAUUGGGAUAUGAUUCAACUAGUAAUGACUAUAAAAUCUUUAAGAUUGGUCGCGAAUCAAGCAAUGAAAUUCUCGCGCUGAAAAGUGGUUCCUGGCGAAAAAUUGAUAAACAUCCUGCUGGCAUUUAUCCCUUGUGGUGGUCUACUUUGGACUCUCCGGCAUUUGUUCAUGAGGCAUUUCAUUGGCUUGGUUCACUGAAUAGGUCUGUGGUUUCAUUUCAUAUUUUAAAUGAGGUGUACGUAGAAUUACCGAUGCCAGAUGGAUGGCUCGUGGUUUCUGACAUUAAUCACCUCAGCUAUGGCAUUUCGGUAUUGGGAGGUCUGCUUUGUGUUUAUUCUACUCAUGUUCAUCAGUGGAAGUACAAUUUUAACCUUUGGGUAAUGAAAGACUAUGGUGUCAAGGAAUCUUGGAAUAAAUUGUUUAACAUACAAAGUACCGAUCUUUAUCCAAUCACCCCGAAAUACUGGUUUUCAGAUGGUGAAGUGUUACUCCAUUGCAAAUAUUUGGUACGUAAUCGUUUUGUUUUUAAGACAUCCAAAGAAUCAUCUGGUUUAUGGCCUCAGUCUGAUUCGGAGCAUUUUGUGAACGGAUUCGUCUAUACAGAAAGUUUGUUCUCACCAAAAUUACUUGCGUAGUAUUUACUUGUGUACUAUGCAAUAUCAUAAAUUGAACUUUCUGUUGCAGUGUAGUUGGAAGUAGUGUUAUUCCUUUUCUUGUAAUAUUACAGCAAUUGUAGCACUUCAUUGCUUAAAUGGAGGAGUGGCAGAGACCAUAUACAUUUUUACAUGCGUAAAUUGCCCAACCAUUACUGUUAUUAAAAGAAAGAACUGUCUAAGAUCCGUUAGGAUCGUAUAUUACAAUGUCAAACAUGGUGAUUUACAGACUUGUAACAAAUUCGAUUUUGUAAUUUUCGGGAACAACCCGUGCAUUGAAUA